AUGGCUACCGCUGCUCACGCUCCAGCUUCGGCUCCUCCAUCAGGGCUCUCGCAUUAUUCCUACCCCCCACAGCCCUCCAUGAUGCAGUCCCAGCAUCAGUACAACCAAGGUCAGCCCGGAUAUCCUUCAUACGGCUACCCGGGCGGAGUGCCUUCGCAGAUUCCGGCUUCCUCGUCAAUGAACCCGGCCAUGGUCCCCUCGACACUGCAACUACCAGCCAUGUCGUCUGGUGCACCUGCAUCAUCACUACCUGGCUCUCAAAGCUACCAAACCCAGACUUUUGACCACACGGGCCAAGUUGCUCCCCCGGGAAUGAAGCCACGUGUGACUGCCACACUAUGGGAGGACGAAGGCAGUCUUUGCUUCCAAGUCGAGGCCAAGGGCGUUUGUGUUGCACGUCGUGAGGACAAUCACAUGAUCAACGGCACAAAGCUUCUCAACGUUGCAGGCAUGACACGAGGUCGACGAGACGGCAUUCUCAAGAGUGAGAAGACACGUCAUGUCGUCAAGAUUGGUCCAAUGCAUCUCAAGGGCGUUUGGAUUCCCUUCGAGCGAGCCCUCGAGUUCGCCAACAAGGAAAAGAUUACAGAGCAGCUGUACCCUCUGUUUGUCCAUGACAUUGGUGCACUGCUAUAUCAUCCGUCUAAUCAGACGAGGUCAAGUGUAGGAAGCGCUGCCAUGGCUGCUGUAGACCGCAACCGAAGACCUGACCCUAUGCAGACUCACCAGCGAUAUCUCUCCGGGCCGGCGGCAUCGCAACCCCCAUCGCUACACCAUCAUCACUCGAUGAGCAACCCAAUUGGCGGUGCCAUUUCUCAACCCCCGCACGCCAUUCAGCCUCAUCCUUCUUCAGGUCGCCCUGGCAUUGAUCGAGCCCAUACUUUCCCCACUCCCCCCACAAGCGCUUCGAGCAUCAUGGGCAUGGGUAAUCAAGGAAGCUCUUACGAAUGGAGCGGUAACAACGUUCAGAACCCCCAGGGCGGCCAGCCGCUAUCCAUUGACACGGGUCUGAGCAACACUCGCUCUGUGCCGACAACACCUGCGAGCACGCCACCGGGAGCUGUCCAGCAGGGCAUGUCGUAUGCAUCUGCGCAGAGCUUCGAUGGAACCAGGCCUUUGUACUCAGGACCCCCCUCGCAGCCUGGCCAGUACGCUCAAGGACAGCCGAUGAUGGGUUACCGACAGGACGGCUCUUACCCAAAGACGGAGAUGGCGCCGCCAUCGCGCAUCACCGAGGUUCCCGAUGAGGGUGAUGUCAAGCAACCUGACGGCAUGAUGCCUCAAGGUCACGAGCAGGUUGCCCCGCCCCCACAAGGCGGCGAAAGCGAACAUGAACAUGGCAACGAGUACACACACUCGAAUGCCUCGUACAACGGCAACCGCGGGCCGUACGGAUACACGCCAACCGGUCCACCAGGAGCCAUGCACCCGGAUCACCCUCACCUCUCGCCAGAGAUGACUGGUUCGCCUCACCAGAACGGCUCCGGGCGUGCUACGCCCCGUUCAGCUGCCGCUGGCCAGCCGCAGUGGAACUCGGGGUACCCCACUCCACAACGUCAAGCACCACCUUCUAGCAAUCUUUACAACGUAAUGAGCGACCCCCGCGGUGCGCCCAACGGUAAUUCGGCCCAUGAUGCCUACCAAGGGCCUGGCGCUGUACCCCAGUAUGCCACGCAAGGAUACCCUCCGUCGAACGGUGUAAACUCGGGUAAACGUGGUCGUGACGAUGAAGACGAAGACCCCUACCGCCCUGACAGCGUUCAAGGGGACGACAUGAGCGGCCUGAAGCGACGCAAGACGCUCGAAGGCGGCGCUGUCGGUGGCCCCUACGCCGACGCUACUCCUGGUCUCCAACGUGCCCACACCAUGUCGGCUCAACGGGCUAGACGGUAA